UCUCAUCUCAGUCGGCCGUCAAGCACAGUCUUUCCCUAGGCUCAGCCCAGGCUUAAAAGGAUCCCAUCCGCGUCCCUCGCCCGGUCAAACCAGCGUCGCGCUUUUGCCCUGCUGUCUUGUGCAAAAUGUCGACUUUUGGUACGCUUUUCCGGGUCACUACCUACGGCGAGAGCCACUGCGCCAGCGUCGGCGUGAUUGUUGAUGGAUGUCCGCCCGGCUUGCAGCUGUCUGCACCGGACGUUCAGACUCAACUUAGCCGCCGCAGGCCGGGGCAGAGCAACCUCACGACCCCUAGAGAUGAGAAGGAUCUCGUACACAUUCAGUCCGGUGUUGAGCAGGGCGUGACGUUGGGCACCCCCAUCGCUCUGCUGGUCAAGAACGAGGACCAGCGUCCCAAGGACUACUCCGAGACCGAUCUCUACCCCCGGCCCAGCCAUGCUGAUUACACCUACCUCGUUAAAUACGGCGUCAAGGCCAGCAGCGGUGGCGGUCGUAGCAGCGCUAGGGAGACCAUCGGUCGAGUAGCCGCAGGCGCCAUCGCCGAGCGCUACCUCAAACAAGCCUAUGGCAUCGAAAUCGUCGCCUUCGUCUCCUCCGUGGGCAAGAUCCAUCUCCCGUCCACGCUCCCGCCCACCCGCGCGCAGGACGAGGACGUGUCGGACGAUGCCGAGCAGCCGCUCAGCGCCGAGUUCGUGUCCCUGCUCAAGAGCGUCACGCGCGCGGACGUCGACGCGCACCCGACGCGCUGCCCGCACGCGCCGACCGCCGAGCGCAUGACGCAGCGCAUCCUGCGCGCGAAGGAGGCGCAGGACUCCAUCGGCGGCACCGUCACCUGCGUGAUCCGCAACGUCCCCGCGGGGCUCGGCGAACCCGUGUUCGACAAGUUCGAGGCGAAGCUCGCGCACGCGAUGUUAUCGAUUCCUGCGACGAAGGCCUUCGAGAUCGGCAGCGGGUUCAGGGGCACGGAGGUCCCCGGCAGCAGGCACAACGACUCGUUCGUGCUCAAGGACGGGAAGUUGGGGACUGCGACGAACUGGAGCGGCGGUAUUCAGGGUGGUAUUACCAACGGGGAAGACGUAUACUUCCGCAUUGGGUUCAAAUCCCCCGCUACUAUCUCCCAGGCCCAGUCGACCGCUCAGUACGACGGCACUCCCGGUACCCUCGCCGCCAGGGGUCGCCACGACCCGUGCGUGGUGCCCCGCGCCGUCCCCAUCGUCGAAGCCAUGGCCGCUCUCGUCGUCAUGGACCAGCUGUUGAUCCAGCAGGCUCGUCGCGGCGCUGCCAGCCUCCUGCCGCCCAUCACCACACUGCCUCCCACCAUGGUGCUGCCGUCUCACCAUCCCGACAAGAACGAGCAUGCUUAAAACUAUAUCUAAUUUCCCAUCUGAAGGAAGAAUAGAGCCCCUGUAUAACGAUGAUAUUGUACACGAUGUGUGUAUUAUGCAUAGGUGAUACAUAAUGGAUCUCAACAUCCUAACACAAGAAAGAGCGGGAAAGCGGGUAACACAGCGAAAGAAGGAAGUCGUAAUGUGAUACAGGCGGAGGCGGAGGUAUCCAAGACAAGUCACCCUCCUAGUCAGUCAUCCGUAUCAGAGUCGUCAACGCAGAAACAACAUAAUAUUGGCUCCAACUGCCACCACCACCAGUGGUGAUUUAGUAGUCUUCGGGGCCAGGGCCCGAACUCGGCAUCUUCAUCCACUUCAGGAUGAACAUCAGCCUGCUCGCCCGAUGAUCUCCUCUCGUCUUCUCCGUAUGUGCGGACACGUGUGCCAGGUUUGAGCAAUGAGCUCCUCUCACUAGCCUCUGAACUCUGCCCCCUGACC